AUGGUUACAAGGAAGCUGCUGGUGGUGCUGGAGUCACUGGACUACCAACACUACCUGCCUCUCUUCUUCGACGGGCUGAGCGAGACCAACCACCCCUACGAGUUCUUGGCCCGCUUGGGGGUCCACGAGAUGCUGGAGCACGGAGACGGAAAGAUCCUCCCCGUCAUCCCCCUGCUCAUCAUCCCCAUCAGGAAUGGCCUGAACACGCGGAUCCCCCAGGUGCUUUGCAACAUGAUGAAGGCCCUGCAGCAACUGGUGGUGUCCGAAGAAAGGGUCGGCGAGGCCCUCGUUCCGUACUUCAGGCAGAUCCUCCCCAUUUUCAGGAUUUUCAAGAACAAGAACAGUGAGUUCAUGCUGCCGUGGUGCAGUGCGUUGUGUAUCCGUUGUGCGUUGUGUGUCCCUGGCGCUCCGGCUCGGGAGUGCAAUGGGUCCUCCUUUGUGAUUGGGAUCUUAGUAGCUUUUGUGUGCUUAAAGUAGUGCUAAACAGACCAC